AUUGCAUUCAGUGAAUAAAUGCAGACACAGAGAAUUUCGAAAUCGAAUCAUUCAAUUUCAAUUUUGAGCUGCAAUGUUAAAGUAUUAUGCUCUGGGUCAAGCAUGCUCUGGGUCAAUAACGAUUUGAAGUAGCUUCUCCAGUAAAAAAAAAAAAAGUUUUUGAUUGAUAGUCGGGGAUUGCGAUUCCUGGACAAGAGUUGUUCAGCUGGCGCGCCCCCAUUCAUAUUCUUGUUGUAAGCGCGUGCAAAGACGUAGACCGAACUCUGAGUCUGAGCAGGGGAGAUAUUUGGAUUUCACAAACAGCGAAAUAUUGUGAUUGGUCAACCGUCAUCAUGUGUUGUUGUGCCAUUGCAUGUGUCAAGUGCUUCCUCUACUUCCUUGAUAUCCUGUUUUUGCUUUCCGGUAUCGGAUUAUUCAUCACCGGCAUACAUGUGCUGGUAGGGGUGACAUCGGGGACGUACGCGUCCCUUCUCCCGAGCAUCUCGUACAUGCAUGCAGCGUACGUCCUCAUAAUUCUCGGUAUAUUCAUCGUGGUGGUGGCUAUCAUCGGAUGUAUUGCAGCCGUGAGGGAGGGCGUCUGCUGUCUUCUUACGUUUUACUUCAUGGUUGUGGUGGUGAUCUGUUUGGAGGUGUCCGCUAUCAUCAUCGCCUUUGCCGGGCUUCAUAUGCACGAUGACAUGACAAGCUAUGUGACCGCGAGUAUGAAACGAGGGCUAUUUUACUAUCAAGACGAGAAUCAUUCGGAGAUGAAAGCUGCAUGGGACAGUCUGCAACAAGAGGUUGAAUGCUGCGGUGUGAACGCACCUACUGACUGGGAGAUUACUGGGGGAUUCCCGCCGGGCGAAGUGCCCGGAUCGUGCUGUAACGGUCCUGAUGGCGCUUGUACUAGCUACUACAUGGAGGGUUGUCAGGAUUACAUACUCAUGACGCUAGAGGAUUGGUUGCUUUUGAUUGGAGUGGUCUGUAUCGUCUUUGUCAUCAUACAGAUCCUGCUGGUCUGGUUCAUAUUGAUCCUGUUCUUCAAGCUUCACAGAGGAAGUAAAUACUGCUGUGGGUGUGGCGUCUACUCCUCCGUCAAGGAACACGAUUAGUCUUCCUCCAAAGGGCAGAAUUGUCUUCCUUCAUGUACCAUUGUGGCCCUUAUUCCCUUAUAAUAGCUGAUUUUCACCAAAGCUUACAGCUGUACAUGUACUUUGCAGGAAGAUUGUACAAAUUCAGUCAAUACAUAAUACAGUCCAGAACCAAUUAAUGACAAUAAUAAUAACAGGCAUUUAUAUAGCGCCAUCUAUCUAAAAUAUUAUAUUCCGAGGCGCGAUGUUAUUAUUAUUAUUACCCUGGCUUUAGCUCGAGCUGCCUUUCAGGGCUCAUGCAUUCAAGGAACUAAUCCUGCCAGGUACCCAUUCACCUCACCUGGGUUGAGUGCAGCACAAUGUGGAUAAAUUUCUUGCUGAAGAAAAUUACACCAUGGCUAGGAUUCUAACCCACGACCCUCUGUUUCAAAGUCAGAAGAUUAAUCCACUGGGCCACAAUGAUCCACAUAUAAUAUUCAAUAAGUAUAGUCUUCCUUCAAGAACAAAUGUGGCCCAUAUUCUUAUGAUUGCUGAAAUUCAUUACGUCUUCAGAGGGCAUUCCAAUUCUAUCAGUACUUACUAGCACAUGAAAGCUUUAGAAUUUAGAUAAAAUAAUCUUGAUGCAAACCACUAAACCUACAUGUAGGCGGGAAAGGAGUACUUCGUUAAUUAGGGCCAGAUAGUUACUAACUAUAUGUUUAGUAUAGCAAAUGUAAUAGUGUAUGCAAUGUCUAAUAGUGCCAUGGCUGUGAUAUGACACAACAACAUAAAAUAUUUCAAGCACUUUUUCAAGUUUUUAUUGUGCUUGAUAUCCAAACAUGAGCAGGUAUACAAUGCAAUUGUCAAAAUUUCACUUUUCACAUCAAUUUUACUUGUAAAAUAAUGCUUCCAACUUCAGAUUUGAAUCCAUCAUAACCCUUUGUAAGAUGGGCCCCAGGUAGGUCUUUCAUAAAGCUGUUUGUAAGUUAAGAGCCACUUUAAGAACGACUGGUGAAUCUUUCUUACUCGCUAAAUAAUCACCAAUGAACAUUUAAUGGUAAAUAUCAUUUACCACAAGAAAUGAUCACCAGUCAUUCUUGAAGUCACUCUUAAAGCUAAAUGAACGCAGUUGCAGUAAAACACUGAUUUCGUGAGAAAGUCUGUAAAACCAAGGUAAAGUAUUGAUAUAUCAUCGUGGAUCUAGAUCUGGUACAGUUACAUAAACUGAACUUUGUGAAAUCAUAAUAUCUAGCUAAAAACGAUCACACUGAAGAUCGCCAACACAGAUAGGCAUACGUGGGACAGUGUAUUAUUAUUGCUGGAAUAAAGACCCGAUGGAAGUGACCGAAUCUGCGCUUGUUUUGCUUAUUACUCAGCAAUUACACAAUUUCUUCCAGAAUCCUUUGGCACAUAUUUUUUAUUUACAAACAGACACUUUGGUGAUCAUUAUAUUAAAUUUUGUAAAAAGUCAUUUUGAGAUCGUUCCCACAACUGGAAUUUAUCUUUAACUUACGACCAGCUUUAUGAAACGACCCCCAGAUCUCAUCACAGCUACCCAUGCACACAGCGAUACUGGAUGCUGAUGUAACAAAGUAUCUCAAUAAACUCAUAUAGAUUGACAAAAGUGGUUUAUUGAAUGGUUUGACCCAACAAACUUACUCAACUUUCAUGAAAUAGGAACUCUUUUAACUGUAAAAUGAGAAAGUUCUGUUAUCCAGCAAUUAUAAAAACAUGUAAAUGAAUACAUGUACUGUAUGUUUUUUUAAUAGCCAGAUUGUGCCACCUAACUAUAAUUUGUUUUGAUUCUUAUACAUGACAUCAUUUUUAUUUGCACACAUGUAUAAAUUGCACAAAUCAUGAUUUUAUGCAUAAACUUUGAAUCAGGUAUGAGGUGAUUUUUAGCAAAAUCAUAUGGGAGUUGUCAUUAUAGAAUAUUGCUUUCUUCUAGAGAAAGAUUUUAUUCUAAUGUUUCUUUUGUGACGGUAGCAAGGAAGAUGAUCUAUGCAAUCAGAUAUCAAUUCGAAUGCUUUGACAAUUUUGUUUUGUGGAAAAUACAUGUGUAUAAGUAUUCAGACUAGUGAAGUUGAAUUCUGAUGAAAUUCAGUAAAAAUAAUGAAAUUAGGGCAAAUCCAAGAAAACACAACCAUGAAUCAGUGGAAAAUCUACUGAUCAAACCUGUUUGCAGUGUUAAUUUGCUUUAAUGCAUACUGCAGUGUUCGAACUGAUGUAUUAUUGAAAAAUCAGUGUUUGUAAGGUUUUUCAUUGUAGUACAAGUGCGUUGUAAUAUAUUUAUUGUACAUAACGCUGAAGAACACAAAAUUUGGAUUUUAAACUACCAAAGAAUGCAGAAUUUGCAUUUCAGAUAACUGUGGACUUAAAUAUAAUGAUACAGUUGUGCUCAAAAGUUAGUGAACCCCACCACAAAAUACACUCCUUCAUGCUGAGGGUUGAUUGUAGGCAACAAUAUUACAAUGUUCGGCGAGCCAAGAGAAACAAACUUUAUUGAGUGGAAUACUUUAUCGUCUGACUUCACAAUUUAGUAUGUAGUAAUAAUAAUAAUAUACAGUUCUUGUAUAGCACAUAUCACAUGAAUAAAGUCUCUAUGCGCUUCCAAAGGAAUUGGAUAUUAUUACCCCAGCUGUAGCUUGGCAGCCGUAAUUACUAAGAUGACAGCACACAUGCAUUUCAAGGAAUAAAUUCCUGCCAGGUACCCAUUCACUUCACCUGGGUUGACUUGAGUGCAGCACAAUGUGGAUGAAUACUUUGCUGAAGGAAACUACGCCAUGGUUGGGAUUUGAACCCACGACCCUCUGUUUUCAAGACUUAGCCACUGGGCCACAACGCUCCAUGUAAAACAUGGCAGAACUUAAACAUUUUAAAUUUGUUCAAUUUCUGGUAGGGCUCACUAAGUUUUGAGCACACUGAGUGUAAUGAUAAAAAAUACAAAAUUUUCUGCUGCGACAGUUUCUCGUCUGCUAAUAUCUCUGACGAUAUAUAAGGUUCUGGUUCUGACUGAUAUGAAGGUUAAUAUUAAGGUGUGUAUUUUUGAAGAUCAGGGCCCCAUUUGAUAAACAGUUGAUAUGAUCGCAACUCUUGCUGGGAUAUCAUUUACCAUGACAACAGUAGAACUUCUGCUUCCUGAUUGGCUCUUCCAAUGAAAGUUGACUUUCCAGCAAGAGUUGCUAUCAUAGCAACUUUUUAUGAAAUGGGGCCCAGGUUUUAUGUUUAGCUUUGUCAUGUGUGACGGGGCAAUUGUCACAGAGCAAAUGUCAUGGAACUUGAUCAAACAUGCCUUAUUUUUUAUAGAAAAUCUGUUUUUUUACCAGAUAUAUUCGUAAGCAUUGUAGCAAAUGCAUUGCAUAACUCCAUGUAUUCCAUUCCUCUUAAUGUAUUCCAAAAACACAAAUGUCUUUCCAAAGUAUGUCUUCUCCAGAGAAAAUGGUUGUAUAUAUUCCAUCUUUAAAAAAAAAAAUAUCAAUGAUGUUUUUAAAGCUAGGUAUCUAAUUAUGUAUAUAUUUGACAACAUUUGUACUAAAUCUGCAGUACCUGCUUUAUAGAAGGUUAAAUAUUUAUUUUAUAUGUAUUUUCAUAGUGGAAAACUGAUAAUAUAUCGUACUGAUUUCUCUUUACCAUGAAAUGUUAUUCUGUAUGUAUUUUAGGUAAAUAUGUUGAUCAUGUUAUUGAUUUCAAUGGUAUAGCAGUCCUAUUUAUAGGUCAUUACCUCUGCAGUCACAUUUCCCGUAUCGUGUCCGCAUGAUGAGUAGGAAACGGGUGUUUUGCGGAUUUCUAUUCGAACCACAUACAUGAAGCUGGUACAAAAAUUGUAAAAGGCCGUUUUUGACUCACUGUACGGCCAUAGUAGACAAAAUGUGACUGCGCCAGAAGUAAUUCUAGCACCGCAUGUAUUUUUCUUUCUUAAGGAGCUAAAGAAUGAUAUUUUUCAGUUAGCAUGUCAACGGUAGGCUAUUUUGCAAUCUUAUCAUGGACAUAAAAUCUGCAGUUUGUGUUCAUAAUGAUAAAAUUCCCCAAUAUGGCAGACAGAACAGUAAUUUUCAAUUAAGUCUACGCCAGCUCUAUUUACGUCCCCUUUGGUCGGAUCCAACUUGGUGUAAUCUUGGUCUACAACCAGUUUCGUCUAAUUGGUCUAGUUGGUCUACUUGCCACGUAGCCCAAUAUAUAAUUUUCACUAAUUUCCAGAGAGGCUUUAACCUUUUUUUAAAAUCCAAUAUCCAUUUAUGCUGCACAUAUUUACUCGUAUCUGCCACUAAUUAGUUUUUUUUUUUCUCCCUACAUUGUAUUUUGAUAAUCUAUCUCCUUUUUUUUUCUGGCACAAAGUAGGCCUAUGCUAUUUCUUCUGAGGCCUGUAACACAACAAUAGCAAUCAUCGUAGAACUUUUUUUUUUUACCGUUGAUUGCAUUGAUUACAUGUAUAGUGAGUGAUUGUAUUACCGACCGGCCUUGUAUUACCGAACGCGCACAUCGUACGCGUCAGAAAAUAAUUUCAUUAGCUCAAAAUUUUGUAACAUCCUUUCAAAGGGAACUUGAAUAGAAAGAUGAUGAAAAAUUGUCAAAAACACAUUUUCAAAGUCUUAAUAUUCUAAAAAUAAUAAAAUAUGUUCAAAAUAGCUCAUCAGUGAUUUUGUUUUUUUCACAACUUUUCCCAUAGAAAACACACGUUCGGUAAUACGAUACCUUUUUCAAGUGACCAAAAUAUUUAACAUGCGAAGAGGGGUCCGAUUGGAAGCUUAUAUCAUAAAAGGGACAAACGAUUUUGGCAAAAUUUUUACAUAUUUAUAUUUUGUAGGUAAUUGUGUAUUUAUGGUGGAAGUUUGGUGAAUUUUAUGAGAGUAAUGUGUUUGAUAUGAUUGAAUUCAUGAAAAGUGUUCGGUAAUACGAUCCACUACCAAACAAUUAAUCGUGAAAAUCAUGAGUAAGAUUAAUCGUGAAUCUUUGUGAACCCUGGAUUCGCUAACAUCUCAUAUUUUUACUUUUAACUGUUCAUCAACUCUGCCUGCGAUUUUUUUCUGUACAUGUUUGUGCACUAGUUUCGUCUUUUCAAGUUCUGUUCUAAAGUCUUAUUUAUUUUGCAUAAUAUUAGGAUGCUUUCUUACUAACUUGCCAGAAAGGUGCAUUUUGCAAGCCUUGCAUUAAGUACUUAGUGUAUAUCCCUUUUCUUAUUUUGUAUUUAUUUAUUUAUUUUAUUUGAUUAAUUAAUUUUUUUUUUUUGGGGGGGGGUGUAUUAGCUGGGCAACUCAAUUUUAGAUAAAUUUGAUCUAACAAGGAUCUGUUUUGAGCUGAACUGGUUAAAGUAAUCUUAAGUCAAAAAAGGAGUUUUUACCCAGAGUUUGAUACGAGUUAGAAAUUACAAAAUGAAAUACAUAAUGAAUUAGGAUACUUCUAAACUGUUUUGAAGGUUUUUUUUAUUUUUCUUUUCUUCUAGUAUUAUAAAUGAUAAUGAUGGUGAUUUGAUAGUCAUUAUUUUUAUAUAUAAAGAUAAUAUAUGAUAUCAUCAAUAUAACAUUGUUACUGUAAUUGUCACUUUUAUUAUUAUCAUUAUCAUUAUUUCUCUAAUUUCUAUUUUUAGUACUUUCAUUAUUAUCGAUUGUUGUUACAGUGAGUAUUAUUACCUUGUAGUAUAUUGCUCAUGAAAAAUACUGAAUCAUGGUAAAUUGAAGAAAAUAAGUGCACUUUUUAUGGAUUUUGUAUUCACGGUACUUUAUUUAGAGAGAAAAGGGAAUGCAUCUCAAAUUAAAAGCUUUUUUGUCAAGUUUAA